GUGGACUGACUGGAUUCAUGCUGCCCGAGUGUCUCCUCUCUGUUGGACUGGCAGAACAAUUAAUGCGGCCGGAGCAGAGCGCAUGAAGGAGGAGAAAAUGAAUGUGGAGGCUCUGAGCCGAACAGAGCUGCUGACCUUCCUCAGUAUUUUGGAGGGAGAGCUGGAGGCCCAGGAUGAGGUCAUACACACCCUCAGGGCUCAACACAGAGAUGCUUUCAUCCAAGAGCGCUACGGCCAGUACGACCUUAGCGAUCCAUUCCUGGCGCUGCAGCGGGACAACGAAUCCGCGGAGCGCCAAAGCCCACUCAACGAGCAUCAAACACACCUGCAGGGUCGGGCGGUGGGCCCGAACCCUCUGGCUGUCCUCAAACUCGUCAUGGCUCACUGCAAGAGGAUGCAGGACAGGAUGAUGGGACAACUGGCUGCUGCUGAGAGCAGUCACAGGAGGAUGAUAGCUGAUCUGGAGGAGGAGAAACGCCGGCACGCCCAGGACUCUGCUCAUAGUGAGGAUUUAACCGUCAUGCUGCAGACGGAAAGAGACCAACUGCUGCAACAGUUGGAAGGGGAGCGUGACAGUGUGCGGAGGUUGGAGAAGGAACAGGCACAGCUGUUGAGCAAGGUGGAGGAGUCACUGUCCCAGCAGCAGCAGCUCUCCUCCACUCUGACCUUGGAGCUCCAGAAAGCCAGCGGCCAGGCUCAGGAGGAGGCUCAGAAGGUCUCCCAACUUCAAACCUUGCUCCAAGAUGAGACCAGUGCUCUAGAGAAGAUCCAGGGGAUCCUCGAAGGUGAGAGGAGCAGGGCGGCCCAGCUAGAGGCCAGGUCUGAGGGGCAGCAGGCUGAGUUUGACUCCGAACUAGAGCGGAUGAAAGCCAGGGUCAGCAAAGAGGAGGAGAGGAGUAGGGAGUUGAUGAGACAGGUGGAGGAGCUGAGGAAGAAGUUGGCUGAGCCUGAAGAAGGUAAAGAGGGAGUGCAGGAGGAUGUGACAGAGGUGAAAGAGACGCUGUUCGAGGCGAUGGUGGUGUCCACCUCUGCUGAGACUGUACCGGAUGGAAAGGUAACUGUCACUCCUAAAUCCACCUCACUGUCAAAGGUCAAUGGCCAUCACAAUCAUAAAGAGACUGAACCAACUCAAGAGGGGAGUGGAGCAGACAAUGGAGGGGUGAUAGAGAAUGGAGGAGGCGCACCUUUGCAUUUCCCUCUUCACCCCCACCCUCACUCUCCCUCCAGCACAGCCUCCUCCUCUCUCUCCUGCUCCCCCAUUUCCUCCCCCAUCCUUGCCAAGCGCCUGGGCAGCCCAGGCCUGCAUCAGUCCUCCUACCAGGCCGGAGUCAACCAACGAUUCCAGGCGGCCAGGCACAAGUUCCAGAGCCAGGCUGAGCUGGAGCAGCAGCAGGGUGGCCCGCUUUCCCCCAGGGACCUCUCCCCCACCACCUCCUCCAUUCCUCCCCCACCAGAGCACAGCACAGCUAAGCAGCUGGCCCGCAACACUGUCACUCAGGUGCUGUCCCGCUUCACCAGCCAGCAAGCAGGAGUCAAGCUGGCCCCUCUCAGCAGCUCUCCGUUCGGUACAGACUACCGAAACCUAUCAGCGACCCCUCCUGGUGGGAGGUCACCUUCUGCAGGGCCCUUAUCUCCAGGCAUCCGCUCCCCCCUCACUCCUCGCUCAGAGAGGACCCAUCCUCCUCCGAUCCUUCCCAAGAAGCCAGGCAUGAGUCCAACUCCAGGCUCCCCCAGUCACUCUGCUCGGACCAGCCUCUUCCCCGAGCUGACCGGCACCUGUGGGCAUAGCAACAACGGCCAGGAGGGAGCCAAGGAAUCAGACCUUUUAUUUUCUAGCAGCUAACGGCCGGUUUACACAAACUCACUUCUAAACGAGUCAGAUCUUAAUCAACGUUUACUGUAAUUUUCAGCUUCACUGGCGCUCAAGCCCACCUCAUAGCACUCCUCAACAGAUGGACUGAUUCAAACCACAGACUGUAUACACCUCCUCCCAUCAUUUUAUUAGGAAGCUAAAAUAUUCCUAAAAUGGUGCCACCAUCUUGCACUUUUGAGGUAAUUUGGAGCCAGUAGAGAUUGUGGGGCGGAGCCAAAGUAUCGAGGUCCUGCUUGUAUAUGCGCUUGACCAACCGCAAAUCAGUCUCAGCUGUCAAUCACAAUGUUUCUUCCCAUUUUUAGAACAUAACAAAACAAAAACCAUGCGUAGGGUCAAAAUCUCGUACUUUGAACGUGUACUGGUUUGGUCCAUGUCCCAUCCACUAGGGGUGUAAAAUUCCGGGAAUAUUCAAAGUUGAAAAUUUGCCAUGGGAAUUAACGGGAAUUAACGAAAUGGUAAUUUAUACUAACUGUAUUUACCUUGUCAUAUACAGACAUAAAUAUAAACAUUUUGUUUUGUCAUAGGCUGAUUUGAGCCCUGAGGAAACUUUGGGAACUUGACUAUAUGCUUCUGCAUCUUUGUGUCAUUCUUAACAUAGGUCUUUGCACAGUAUUUGCAAAUGUACACAGCCUUUCCGUCUACAUUUGUUGGGGUGAAAUGUCUCCACACAUGAAACUUACCUGACUAGCCCUGC